GGUGAGCUAGUCAUAUAAGUACUGAGACGACGAGAACGUAAGAAAAGAAGAACUUGUUCCACGACAACUACCUACCAAAAAUAUCAUCAACAAUGGCAUCUUCUACGACAACUUACACCACCAAGCAGUGGGUUCUCGCCUCUAAGCCUACGGGCGCUCCGGUGCUCUCCGGCCCCGAUGCGACAUUUAAACUGCAGACGACUACGCUGCCGCCGUUGAAGGAAGGCCAACUCCUGUGCAAAGUGCGGUAUUUCUCCAACGAUACCGGCCUCCGCAAUUUCAUCCAGAGCACUGUCGCGCCCGAGCGCUUCUACGUGCCUACCGUCCCUGUGGGGUCGCCCAUGAGAUCGGGCAUUAUUGCCGAGGUAAUCAAAUCUGAGGCGCCGAAUUACAAGCCCGGGGAUCUCGUUAUGGAUUUCCACCUCGGCACCUGGAGCGAGCUCGUCAUAUUAGAAGCCGCCACUUCCCAGUCUCUGGCCCCUUUACCUAAUGAUAUAGACCUCACUCAUUACCUCGGUGCCUUUGGCGCAUCCGGAUUGGCCGCAUACACCGGCCUGGCCUUUGCCGGAGGCGUGAAGCCCGGAGAUACCGUCGUGGUUUCGGCGGCUGCUGGUGCUACGGGAUCCAUGGCCGUGCAGAUUGCGAAAGUGCUGUUGGGUGCGAAGCGCGUGAUCGGCAUCACCGGUUCGGACGAGAAGUGCGCAUGGGUGCGCGAGGAGCUCGGUGCCGACGUGUGCAUCAACUACAAGAGCCCCAACUUCCUGGAGGAGCUAAAGGCAGCAACUCCAGAUGAGGUUGAUGUCUACUUGGAUAAUGUGGGGGGCCAUGUGUUGGAUGCUAUGCUGACGCGCAUGAAGAAGCAUGGGAACAUUGCCGUCUGCGGCGCAGUCAGUGAGUACAACUCGGACGAGCCCAUGGCGUUGCGGAACUGGUUCGAAGUCGUCUCCAUGAGGAUCAACAUCCGCGGAUUUAUCAUGCUAGACUACAUGGACAAAGCUCCCGGCAUCCUCAAGGACCUCAUCGGCGCUGCGGCUGACGGCAGAAUCAAACUCCAGAAUGGCCAGACUGUCGUGGAGGCAAAGAUCGAGGAGCAGCCCAAGGUAUGGAUGCGGCUAUUCUCUGGUGGAAACCAGGGCAAACUGCUCACCAAAUUAAUUGUUUGAAAUGCAGGGAGUUGGAGAUGAUCAAACGAGAUCUACAAAAUAGUACAAUAGAGAAUAUACUAUAGAUCAUAGAAUGACGAAUGACAUGUUGGCCCUGCUCACAAAUACCAAUUGGUUAUCAAUCUGGUUUCCUUUUCGAUAUUGAAAGAAUAAUCGCAUCUAAUCAGAUAGACAUAUUAUAGGUAGCCAAUGCGAAAGGAUAUCAUAGCUCAUAGCUCAUUAAUCUUUGAAACCUACAUUGAUAACCUGUUCUUAACCGAUAUGAGACUUGUAC